AUGGCAUCCAAAAUUAUCCUUGUAUUCUGCGCGUCAGCUGUCUUCAUGCAGAGUAUCACAGCGCAGUGCAUCGGCAGUGCUUUAACAGCUGAAGAACUCGCUUUAGGGGCUGGCUUUCCGUAUAACUCUGGAUUUCCAACUAACAAUCUAGCCUAUGGUGCCGCUCCUUUCGGUGGCUACGGAGUCCCUGGAUUCGCACCCAACGUAGCUCCUACCAGCGGUGGCGGUUUCGCGAAUUCUAUUGGCCAAGCGAUUGGGUUUGGUAAUGGAUUAGGACUCAAUGGACUUGGAAACGGUCUUGGAGUUGGAAACGGAUUAGCCGGCAAUGGUUUUGGACUCGCUAACGGCUUAGGUAAUGCUGGCCUAGGGUUUGCCAACUUUCCUGGCAAUGGUUUAGCAAAUUUCGGCGCCAACAAUUUAGCAGCUAACAAUUUGGGGCUCAACAACUUUGGAGCCAACAAUUUUGCUGGUAAUUUCGGCACAAAUCUGGCACAUUUCCCUGGAAACUUAGUAUCUAAUAAUAUUGCUGCCAACAAUAUGGGAUUAAAUGGUUUAGCUGCAAGUAAUAUUGCUGCAAAUAAUGCUGCUCUUGCUGGCAUGAAUUUUGCAGGAGCACCAAUUGGAGGAUCAGCGGGAUAUGGAGAUGUAUCCGUUCUUGGAGAGUUGCCUGUAGGUGGCAAUACAGCUGUAACAGGGAAUGUUCCCGUUAUUGGUUAUGUUACAUUUGAGGGGGUUGUGCCAGCGGGUGGUUUAGUAAGUGUUGCAAACGGUUGUGGUUGUGGUGGAAACCAGUUGGUUUAUUGA